AUGGAAGAGAUUGAAACAUACACACUCGUAAUUCUCGGAUCAGGUGCUGUUGGCAAGACGUCCAUUACAAUUCAAUUAAUUCAAGGUAGGUUUUCAGCUUAUCACGACCCAACUUUCGAAAAUACGUACACGAAGUACGUGAAUAUAGGCGGUGACGAAAUCAAAUUAAAUAUCCUCGAUACGGCAGGACAAGAUGAUUUUGAAUGCAUGAGAGACACUUACAUUCGUCAAGGCCACGGCUUCUUAUUAGUUUUUGCACUUAACGAUAUGCAGUCGUUCGACAAAAUGAUUGAAAUUUAUCGUAGAAUUAAGGAAAUCAAAGAUUCGUAUACUCCUCCGGUACUCAUUUGUGCAAAUAAAUGUGAUUUUCCGACUUGGGAAGUUAAUAAGGAGAAUUUCAUUGAUUUUUGUGAAUCACAGAAGCUUAAGUAUAACUUUACUUCAGCGUUGACUGGCGAAAAUAUUGUAAAAUCUUUUGAAGAUAUUAGCAAGAUGAUGAGAAAACAGAACCCUGAUUCUAAUUACGGCAAAAGCAAACCAAAACCUUCAAAAGACGAAGAUGCUAAUUGCUGUCGAAUUUAA